AUGCCUCGCGUACCGACCACAAAUCAAGUCAUCGUCGGCGCACCCGUCAACAUCGUUCUAAAAGCCGAUCAACCGACUGGCCGCACUGUCGCGGGGACCAUAGCCACCGUCCUAACGCGAGGAAACCACCCCCGCGGCAUCAAAGUCCGUCUCACUGAUGGCCGCGUCGGUAGAGUUCAGUCCAUGGCGAGUGGGAAUGCCGGCUCUGUGACGAAUACAGCUGCGGCUGUGCCUGCUGCCCGCACGACUGCUGAGCCAGGGCUUCCUUCCCAGCAUAUCGGGCUGGACGCGUAUAUGACGCGUGGGAAGCAACGACAGAAUGGGAGAGGUGGAAGGGGCAAGACCGGGCCUGUUGGAGGUGAAGAGGAGCAAGUCAGCACUCAAUCAAGUGCAGCAGUGACAUGUCCAGUCUGUGGCGAGUUUAAUGGCGAUGAAGCAGCUGUCGCACACCAUGUGGCAGGCCAUUUUGGUGAUUGA